GACGUUGCUAACGCUUUGAGAGACUUCCGGUGAGCUAAACUACCACUGCGCGUUGCUCAGGCGGUGGAAGGUGGACGCUGAUGGGGGACGAAAAAGAGACCUGGAAAGUAAAAACUCUUGAUGAAAUCCUACUAGAGAAAAAACGCAGAAGAGAAUUAGAAGCGAGAACAGACCCUAAGCGCCAGAAAAAUUCCACCCAGGGCCUUGUUUCACAGGCGGAUGAUCGGGAAGCCAAACGAGACACUCCGGAAGAAGGAGAACUACGAGAUCAAAGGAUGGAAAUAACAAUUCGUAAUUCACCUUAUACGCGGGAAGACUCAACAGAGGACAGAGGUGAAGAAGAUGACUCACUAGCAAUCAAGCCUCCACAGCAGGUUGCAAGGAAAGACAAAUCUCACCACAGAAAAGAGGAGAAGAGAAAGGAUAAAAGACGUCAUCGCAGUCACUCUGCUGAAGGAGGAGGGAAGCAUGCACGACCCAAAGAUAAAGAAAAAGAACGAGAGAGUGACCGCAGGAAGCGUCAGUGGGAAGAAGACAAAGCCCGGAGAGACAGGGAAAGACAGAAACGACGGGAACAGGCCAUAGCGCAUUCACGUAGAGAGAGUGUCCUUGCUUUAAAUGACAGGGAUCGACUGGAGCAACUGGAGCGCCAACGUGAACGGGACAGAAAGCUUCGUGAGCAACAAAAGGAGCAAUGGGAGAUGAAGGAUCGGGAGAGAAGGGCUGAAGAGCGACGGAGAAGGCGGGAAGUGGCGCCUCACCACCGAAUGCUACCAGAUGAGUAUGAUGACAAGCCAAAACAAAGCCACCGCAGUCGUAGUCCCACCCGUGUUCCCCGGGACAGGUCUGAGCACAGUGAACCACGGAAAACUGCAUCAUCAAAGGAGGAGAAGCCAGAGAUCAAAGACCUGCUUGCAGACCUCCAGGACAUUAGUGAUGCUGAAAGGAAGACUAGCACUGCUGAAUCAUCAGUGGUGUCAGGAUCAGGCUCUGAUGAAGAAGAGGACGAAGAAGAGGAAUCCAGCAGCCCAACUGAGGGUGAGGAGGAGGAAGAAGAGGAGGAGUCUGUUUCCGGUUCGGGACGGUCUGAACAGAGUGCAGAGGAUGUAAGUGAGGAAGAACAGUCGGAGGAAGAUUUUGAUGACGAGAGGGAAAAUGGAAACCACAUACCUGCAGUGCCGGAGUCCCGUUUUGACCAUGAUUCAGAAGAGAGUGGUGAAGACAUGGAGGAAGAGGAGGAGGAGGAAGACGAGGAGGAAGAUGAAGCCGGAGAAGGUGACCCCACCCCUCACUCUCAAACUCAUUCACGCUCCCCCACCCCUGAAGAGAAUUACGUCCCAGACUCUCCUCCAAUUUCACCUGUGGAACUAAAGAAGGAGCUGCCCAAGUAUCUGCCUGCUUUACAGGGUUGCCGUAGUGUUGAAGAAUUUCAGUGUCUGAACCGAAUAGAGGAGGGAACCUAUGGUGUGGUGUACAGAGCCAAGGACAAGAAGACUGAUGAGAUCGUUGCCCUGAAAAGGCUGAAGAUGGAGAAGGAGAAGGAAGGCUUUCCUAUCACAUCUUUAAGAGAAAUCAAUACAAUUCUGAAAGCUCAACAUCCAAACAUUGUCACAGUGAGGGAAAUAGUUGUUGGAAGUAACAUGGACAAGAUUUACAUUGUGAUGAACUAUGUAGAGCAUGACUUGAAGAGCCUGAUGGAAACCAUGAAGCAGCCCUUCCUACCAGGAGAAGUAAAGACUCUGAUGAUUCAGCUUCUUCGAGGAGUCCGACAUCUCCAUGACAACUGGAUCCUUCAUCGUGAUCUGAAGACGUCCAAUCUGCUGCUGAGCCAUAAGGGCAUCCUCAAGAUUGGCGACUUUGGUUUGGCGCGAGAGUACGGUUCCCCCCUGAAGCCGUACACUCCUGUCGUGGUGACCCUUUGGUACAGAUCGCCAGAGCUGCUACUCGGAGCCAAGGAGUACUCCACAGCUGUGGACAUGUGGUCUGUGGGCUGCAUAUUUGGCGAGCUUCUCACCCAGAAACCGCUUUUCCCUGGAAAAUCUGAAAUUGACCAAAUUAACAAGAUUUUCAAGGAUCUGGGGUCACCCAGUGAGAAGAUUUGGCCUGGCUACAAUGAGCUGCCUGCUGUGAAGAAAAUGACUUUUACAGAAUAUCCCUACAACAACCUGCGGAAGCGUUUUGGAGCGCUGCUCUCAGACCAAGGAUUCGACCUCAUGAACAAAUUCCUCACCUACUGUCCCAGUAAGAGGAUUAUAUCAGACGAGGCUCUUAAGCAUGAGUACUUCAGAGAGACGCCGCUCCCCAUUGACCCUUCCAUGUUCCCUACCUGGCCAGCCAAGAGCGAGCAACAGAGGGUGAAGAGAGGCACCAGUCCUCGUCCACCCGAGGGAGGCCUUGGCUACAGUCACCUGGGUGAUGAUGACCUGAAAGACACAGGCUUCCACCUCACCACCAGCAACCAGGGAGCGUCUGCAGUGGGACCGGGAUUCAGCCUCAAAUUCUAAACCUUAAACUGCAGGACAUGUGGUCAUCUUACCAGAGAAGAAUGGAGCAAAGAAUUCUGGGACUUGUUUAAAGCCGGAUGGUUUACAGCCAAAGGCCAGAUCAGUAUCUGAUCAACGACUGUUACCAAAUAGUCAGGACUGUCUAACAGCAAGACUGAUGGCUUAAACACGUCGAACUCCAGCUUCUUCUCUGUAUUUUUAAGCCAUUUCUAUUGAGACCAUUUUCUCUCUUCAAGAAAAGGCAACCAUAAAUCUGUUAGAAGUUUAGCUCUCAUGUUUGAAUUUUGUUUAAUUUUCCUUCUUAUACUUCAUGGGAGAGGACCAGAUUUUAUAAAUGGUUUUGAUUUCCUGGCUGCCUGAGCUACUGUAUGAUGAUGAUGCGUCUACUGUAUGCUCCAGUCAGGGUUAUGUUCAAAAUCUACUUGGAAAUAUCAGCUCACGUGAUGACAGGAACCGUACUUUUGCUAGAAAUAAAGUUUGAGACUUUGUUUUGUC